UGCGUUCAGUUCUUCGUCGUUCGCGCUGCCUGAAUGUUGUUGCCUCCUGCGGUCGAGCGGGAUUUUCGGGGCAGGAAUCGAGUCGAAUCGAGUCCAAUCGGAACAGAACGGAUCGGAUCGCGUUGAAUCCAAAAAAAACACGUUUCGCCUGGGCACAAGAUACACUUUGGCGUAUUGGCGUAUUCCUGGAGUGCUUCGCUUACCAUCUGUUAAUGGUAUUUCGGUGCUGUUGCUCUCACUCCCGUAGAACCGUAAAACCGUAGAAACGUCGAAUUGUGGCGCAUUUAAAUAGCUGGCGUUGUUUGUUUGUUUGUUUGCUGGCUACCGCGACCAUAACACAGAGUACAACAAAGAAGGCAAUGCACGAGCACGAGUAUCUCGCAGUCUUAGCAUUUGAAAGCGCUCCGAAAAGUAUCUAAUGUGCGCGGGAGCGGUACAGUGAAUACGGUCUCUUCUGGCAGCGGCCAAAAAAAAAAAAAGAAAACAACAAAUAUAUAAUGCUAAUAAACCAAAAACACGUUUUAUGCCAUUUGUGUUUUGCUCUUCUCGGAAAUAGGCCCCAACCUAAUAGAAAUCCAAAGAGCUGAAAGCUGAAAGCUGAGUGGUACAGCCUACAUUAAACGUGUACUUCCAAUGCAGAUGCCAAUGCCCAGUGUAUUCAAUUAAACAAUUAAAUAGCAGCAUACGAGUUUCGCAAAUACGUAACACAAAACUAUUUAUAAAGCAUAAAUCAAUUGAGCCAAAUGCUGAUGCCAUAUGCCAAUAGCGAUUGCAGCAGUAACUAAAACGCAUUCUCAAAUCAUGAACGAACUGCAAGCCUCCAGUGUCCCGCUGGUGGACAAGUGCUCCUCCUCCCACGCCGUCAUCCUGCCGGCGGCCAAGAGUCCCAACAAAGUCUCCGAUUCGACGGCCACCACGGCACCCAAUGCCGUUCUCUACACAAGCGGGAACAUGUCCCUAACUACGCUCUCCACGGCCAGCGACAAUCCGCAUCCAAAUCCUAAUCCAAAUUCGAAUGCGAGUCCCAAUUCCAGACAGGAGCCAGUGCCACUGCUCAGCCAACUGAAGCUGACCAACGACCUGAAGCAGAACAACCACGGGUCACAGAACAACCUGUGCAAUGGCAGCUUGGGCGGUAACAACCAUGCCUUGGCCCCCAAGGUGGCCAACAACAGCGGCGGUAGUCCGAAUGGCCAGAAGAAGGGCACCAUCGCCUUGUCCCAUCUGCCCCAACGGCCGCCGGUGGACAUCGAGUUCUGUGAUAUAUCCUACUCAGUGACCGAUAGCCAUCGGCGCGGAUGCAAGACCAUUCUGAAGAGCGUAUCGGGCAAGUUCCGGAAUGGAGAGAUCACCGCUAUCAUGGGACCCUCUGGAGCCGGAAAGAGCACGCUGAUGAACAUCCUGGCGGGCUACAAAACCUCCCAGCUCAGCGGCUCAGUACUGAUCAACAGCAAGGAGCGGAAUCUGCGCCGCUUCCGCAAGCUCUCCUGCUACAUCAUGCAGGACGAUGUGCUGAUCGCCAAUCUGACUGUUCGCGAGGCCAUGAUGGUGGCCGCCAAUCUGAAGCUGGGCAAGAACAUGAUCAGCUACGCCAAGGUGGUGGUGGUCGAGGAGAUUCUCGAGACGAUUGGCCUGAAGGAGUCGGUGAACACGCUGACCUGCAAUCUGUCUGGUGGCCAAAGGAAGCGACUGUCCAUUGCCCUCGAACUGGUCAACAAUCCACCCGUGAUGUUCUUCGACGAGCCCACCUCCGGACUGGAUAGCUCCACCUGCUUCCAGCUCAUAUCGCUGCUGAGAUCGUUGGCCCGGGGAGGCCGCACCAUAGUGUGUACCAUCCAUCAGCCGUCGGCGCGACUCUUCGAGAAGUUCGAUCAUCUGUAUCUGCUGGCCCAGGGCCAGUGUGUUUACGAGGGUCGAGUGAAGGGACUGGUGCCGUACCUAUCAUCACUGGGCUACGAAUGCCCCUCAUAUCACAAUCCCGCUGACUAUGUCCUGGAGGUGGCGUCCGGCGAGUACGGCGAUGCUGUACCCAAGCUGGUGGAUGCGGUCAAGAGCGGAGCUUGCAAGAAGUAUGCGCACAAGGAUUAUGUACGAACGCUGGCCGAGAAGGGAUGCCACAAUGACAUUAUCAAGGGCACUGGCAGCGGAGCGGAUAAUGCCAUGGCCAUCUUGACCCUGGAGGACGAGAAGCCGCCGCUGGAAGACAGGCAGCUGGAUGCAUCCUUACCCGUCGAGGAUCCUGCGGAGCUGAAACCACCAAAGCUGGAGACGCAGCAGUCCCAGAACUCCGACUGCAGCGUGGUCAUCAUGCCGACCAAUGCCGUGGACGACAGUUGCAGCUUUAGCUCCUCGAAGGGCACCCAAAAUGCAGUGGGUGGUUCCGGAUCCGGAGGACCGAGUGCCGUUGUGGGUUGCAUGACAUCGCUGCUGGACUCGCACGAGAGCGUGGUCACACUGCCCAACAAGACGGGCUUCCCCACCAGCGGCUGGACGCAAUUCUGGAUCCUGCUCAAACGCUCAUUCCGCACCAUCCUGCGCGACAAAAUGCUGACCCACAUGCGACUCUUCUCCCACGUGAUCGUUGGUGCCAUCAUCGGCAUGAUCUACUAUGAUGUGGGCAACGAGGCCAGCAAGAUCAUGAGCAACGCGGGAUGCAUCUUCUUUGUCUCACUGUUCACCACCUUCACGGCCAUGAUGCCCACCAUUCUGACCUUUCCCACCGAAAUGUCAGUGUUCGUGCGGGAGCAUCUCAACUAUUGGUACUCGCUGAAGGCCUUCUACUUUGCCAAGACCAUAGCGGACAUGCCAUUUCAGAUUGUCUUCUCCAGCGUCUAUGUCCUGGUGGUGUACUACUUAACCUCACAGCCAAUGGAAUUGGAGCGGGUCUCGAUGUUCGUGCUAAUCUGCGUGCUCAACUCACUGGUGGCCCAGUCGCUGGGUCUGCUGAUCGGGGCGGGGAUGAACAUCGAGACGGGCGUAUUCCUCGGCCCCGUGACCACCAUACCCACGAUAUUGUUCUCCGGGUUCUUUGUGAACUUUGACACCAUUCCGGGCUACCUGCAGUGGGUCACCUACGUCAGCUAUGUGCGCUAUGGCUUCGAAGGUGCCAUGGUAGCCAUCUAUGGAAUGGAUCGGGCCAAGAUGCAGUGCAAUCAAAUGUACUGCCACUACCGAGUGCCCAAGAAGUUUCUGGAGGAGAUGUCCAUGGAUAACGCUCUGUUCUGGGUGGACGCCGUUGCCCUGAUCGGAAUCUUCUUUGCCCUGCGCAUCAUCGCCUACUUUGUGCUGCGAUGGAAACUGCACAUGAUCCGCUAAGCGGACAGCCUGUGGGAUUUGUUCAUAGUCUAGGCUUAUCAUUAUUACCAUACGUUAGAGAUCACCUGUACAUAGAAUGGGGUUUUGGGGCCUAGUGCGGGGGGCGGUUGGGAUCCCAGGAAGGCAGGAUUGUAGCUAGACGUAGCUUUACCGCAUUCUGAAACUUCUCCCGUCGCGCUUUGUACGUUUAUACAGACAGACAGACCUAGAUGCACACACGCAACGCAUCGGUAUCCAGAAGACGAUUCUAAAUAUAUACCCAUGGAUAUAUAUAUAUAUACACCCGUACAGUAGCUGUUCUGCAUACCACAAAAUACAAAAUGGAAUUAACAUAGAACUAUGAAUAGAUAUUAACUAGGAGUACCCACGUAGAGCCCCACUUCAACACACACUUCAAUCGAGGUAUAAUUCUUGUGACCAAGCAGAAAAGAGUCUGAACUUAAGUAGGUUGAAAACAUAACAAAUUGUAGACAAGAUCCUUUAGAGCGGAAACCGAAUCGGUGCAGAGUUUAGGACACGACUUUCUCCCAACGUUCUUCACUCCGUCCCUAAGUUGUACUCCCAAAAACAAACUCCACCUUUCUGUACUCUUCUUUUGACAAUCGAUUUUGGAACCCAGAAAGGACGCAGCGUGCAAACAAACGGAAGUUGGGGCGAGUGUGGAAAGCGGAAACGGAAACGAAGGAAACAUUCCCUUGUGAUAGAAAGCGGUGCAGUCCGGGCUGGGAAAUCCAGAUCCCGGACGGGAAAGGUAGAAGCAACAAGUCGGAGAAGGGAACCUGGCCAACUGGUGAUAUAAAGCAAUUACUAUUUUUACGGUGGGAUGCAAUCGGAUUUGUGUUAGCUGCGCGUAUUUGUGAUUAUUACAUAUUAAUUUAGUACAUGUUUAGUUUAAUUUUAUACGUCUACAUUUGUCAUGCCAAAAUAAAUGCAAUUUUCAUUUAAGCCGGCACACUCUCCUACCAAAAUAUUCUUUAGUAUUAGCUUUGGAUCUAAAACAAAUUGGAGUGAUACACAAACCAAGUUUAACUACAGAAAUCGGUGGCAACAUAUUCAGGCUCCUUUCAAAAGGACAUUGUAAGCAUUGUAAUUAUUUAGUAAGCAAUCUGUUGAAAACGCUCUUGGAAAUAUCUGUUGAGUAUGGUGUGUUGUAUAUUUCGGUAGUUCGUAGCCCAUGUUACCCUGUACAUUACCGUUAAAGAAUGGCCAUUACUGUACACAAAAUCCAUAAUAAUUACUGUCAAAAUCUGGUAGAAUAUUUUUAAUAAAGAACCCAAUACAUCAUCGAUACCUUAAGAAGAAAAAUAUAAA